AUGUGUUCACUAAAUUAUUAUUAUAUAUUGUGCCCCAUUAAAUUGUGUGUAUCUGGAAGUCACUCACUCGCUGUGCGUGUAUCUGGAAGCCGCUCGCUCGCUGUGUGUGCAUCUGGAAGCCGCUUGCUCGCUGUGUGUGCAUCUGGAAGCUGCUUGCUCGCUGUGUGUGUAUCUGUAAGCCGCUCGCUCGCUGUGCGUGUAUCUGGAAGCCGCUCGCUCACUGUGCGUGUAUGUGCUCGCUUUGCAUGCAUCUGGAAGCCGCUUGCUCGCUGUGUGUGUAUCUGGAAGCCGCUCGCUCGCUGUGCGUGUAUCUGGAAGCCGCUCGCUCACUGUGCGUGUAUGUGCUCGCUUUGCAUGCAUCUGGAAGCCGCUUGCUCGCUGUGUGUGUAUCUGGAAGCCGCUCGCUCGCUGUGCGUGUAUCUGGAAGCCGCUCGCUCACGCUGUGCGUGUAUCUGGAAGCCGCUUGCUCGCUGUGUGUGUAUCUGGAAGCCACUCGCUCGCUGUGCGUGCAUCUGGAAGCCGCUUGCUCGCUGUGUGUGUAUCUGGAAGCCGCUUGCUCGCUGUGCGUGCAUCUGGAAGCCGCUUGCUCGCUGUGCGUGGAUCUGGAAGUCGCUCGUGUGUGUAUCCGGAAGCCGCUCGCUCGCUGUGCGUAUCUGCCUGCUGUGCUUGUAUCUGCUCUUUUUGCGUGGAUCUGGAAGCCACUCGCUCGCUGUGCUUGUAUCUGCUCGCUGUGCUUGUAUCUGCUCUCUUUGCGUGGAUCUGCCUGCUGUUCUUGUAUCUGCUCUCUUUUCGUGUAUCUGCUUGCUGUGCGUGUAUCUGCUCGCUGUGCGUGGAUCUGGAAGUCGCUCGUGUGUGUGUAUCUGGAAGCCGCUCGCUGUACGUGUAUCUGCUCUCUUGGCGUGUAUCUGCUUGCUGUACGUGUAUCUGCUCUCUGUGCGUGGAUCUGGAAGCCGCUCGCUGUACGUGUAUCUGCUCGCUGUGCUUGUAUCUGCUCUCUUUGCGUGUAUCUGCUCUCUGUGCGUGUAUCUGGAAGCCGCUCGCUCGCUGUGCGUGUAUCUGCUCGCUGUGCUUGUAUCUGCUCUCUUUGCGUGUAUCUGCUCUCUGUGCGUGUAUCUGCUCUCUGUGCGUGUAUCUGGAAGCCGCUCGCUCGCUGUGCGUGUAUCUGCUCUCUGUGCGUGUAUCUGCUUGCUGUGCGUGUAUCUGCUUGCUGUGCGUGUAUCUGCUCGCUGUGCGUGUAUCUGGAAGCCGCUCGCUCGCUGUGCGUGUAUCUGCUCUCUGUGCGUGUAUCUGCUCUCUGUGCGUGUAUCUGCUUGCUGUACGUGUAUCUGCUCUCUGUGCGUGUAUCCGGAAGCCGCUCGCUCGCUGUGCGUGUAUCUGCUUGCUGUACGUGUAUCUGCUCUCUGUGCGUGUAUCUGCUUGCUGUACGUGUAUCUGCUCUCUGUGCGUGUAUCUGCUCUCUGUGCGUGUAUCUGCUCUCUGUGCGUGUAUCUGCUCGCUGUGCGUGUAUCUGCUCUCUGUGCGUGUAUCUGCUUGCUGUACGUGUAUCUGCUCUCUGUGCGUGUAUCCGGAAGCCGCUCGCUCGCUGUGCGUGUAUCUGCUUGCUGUACGUGUAUCUGCUCUCUGUGCGUGUAUCUGCUUGCUGUACGUGUAUCUGCUCUCUGUGCGUGUAUCUGCUCUCUGUGCGUGUAUCUGCUCUCUGUGCGUGUAUCUGGAAGCCGCUCGCUCGCUGUGCGUGUAUCUGCUUGCUGUGCGUGUAUCUGGAAGCCGCUCGCUCGCUGUGCGUGUAUCUGCUCUCUGUGCGUGUAUCUGGCUGCUGUGCUUGUAUCUGCUCUCUGUGCGUGUAUCUGCUUGCUGUGUGUGUAUCUGGAAGCCGCUCGCUCGCUGUGUGUGCAUCUGGAAGCCGCUUGCUCGCUGUGCAUGUAUCUGCUCGCUGUGUGUGUAUCUGGAAGCCGCUUGCUCGCUGUGCGUGCAACUGGAAGCCGGUCGCUCGGUGUGUGUGUGUAUCUGGAAGCCGGUCGCUCGGUGUGUGUGUGUGUAUCUGGAAGCCGGUCGCUCGGUGUGUGUGUGUAUCUGGAAGCCGGUCGCUCGGUGUGUGUGUGUAUCUGGAAGCCGGUCGCUCGGUGUGUGUGUGUAUCUGGAAGCCGGUCGCUCGGGGUGUGUGUGUGUAUCUGGAAGCCGGUCGCUCGGUGUGUGUGUGUGUAUCUGGAAGCCGGUCGCUCGGUGUGUGUGUGUGUGUAUCUGGAAGCCGGUCGCUCGGUGUGUGUGUGUAUCUGGAAGCUGCUUGGAUUGUUUAGUGUGUAUAUCUGUGGUCUCUUAUGUGUUUAUGGUGGACGGACACUCAGUAUGUGGUUAACACUUGAUUUCUCUCCCUCAAGCUCACUGCUUCUGCUCCUGGUUGGUAUUUUUGGGGUCUGUGCUGAGGAGCCUCCCCCGGCAGCAGAAGCGCAGGAUCCAUGGGGGGAUUUCUGGCUUUUGCGCUUUCUGGUGAAUAUUGCCGGUUAUGCGACCAUAGUGGUACCAGGAUUUCUGAUCAUCAAAUACUUCAAGAGCAAAAAUUAUCUGGAAACUGGUAAGGAAUGAGAUCCCUGUGCAAUAAAUCUGCCUGUCUCACGUGGUGUAUCCAUCUAUUCUCCAGAACCUUGCACUCUCACUGCGAGCAUCUCUCUUAUUAUAUCUAUAUACGUCAGUCUCACUUUCCUUAAUCUCUGUGCCAGCCCCCCUUACCCACUUCUAGAUCCUCUGUGCCAGUCCUUCCUUACCCACUUCCAGAUCCUCUGUGCCAGUCCUUCCUUACCCACUUCCAGAUCCUCUGUGCCAGCCCUGCUUACCCACUUCUAGAUCCUCUGUGCCAGCCACCCUUACCCACUUCUAGAUCCUCUGUGCCAGCCACCCUUACCUACUUCUAGAUCCUCAGUGCCAGCCCCCCUUACCCACUUCCAGAUCCUCUGUGCCAGCCCCCCUUACUGUCUUCCAGAUCCUCUGUGCCAGUCCUUCCUUACCCACUUCCAGAUCCUCUGUGCCAGCCCUGCUUACCCACUUCUAGAUCCUCUGUGCCAGCCACCCUUACCCACUUCUAGAUCCUCUGUGCCAGCCACCCUUACCUACUUCUAGAUCCUCAGUGCCAGCCCCCCUUACCCACUUCCAGAUCCUCUGUGCCAGCCCCCCUUACUGUCUUCCAGAUCCUCUGUGCCAGUCCUUCCUUACCCACUUCCAGAUCCUCUGUGCCAGCCCUGCUUACCCACUUCUAGAUCCUCUGUGCCAGCCACCCUUACCCACUUCUAGAUCCUCUGUGCCAGCCACCCUUACCUACUUCUAGAUCCUCAGUGCCAGCCCCCCUUACCCACUUCCAGAUCCUCUGUGCCAGCCCCCCUUACUGUCUUCCAGAUCCUCUGUGCCAGCCCUUCCUUACCCACUUCCAGAUCCUCUGUGCCAGCCCCGCUUACCCACUUCUAGAUCCUCUGUUCCAGACCCCUUACCCGCUUCUAGAUCCUCUGUGCCAGCCCCCCUUGCCCACUUCUAGAUCAUCUGUGCUGGUCCUUCCUCACCCACUUCUAGAUCCUGUGCCACCCCCCCUUACCCACUUCCAGAUCCUCUGUGCCAACCCCUCACCCACUUCCAGAUCCUCUGUGCCAGCCUUUCCUCGCCCACUUCCAGAUCCUCUGUGCCAUCCCUUCCUUACCCACUUCUAGAUCAUCUGUACCAGCCCUUCCUUACCCACUUCUAGAUCCUCUGUGCCAGCCCUUCCUUACCCACUUCUAGAUCCUCUGUGCCAGUUCCUCCUUACCCACUUCUAGAUCCUCUGUGCCAGUCCCUCCUUCCCCACUUCUAGAUCCUCUGUGCCAGUCCCUCCUUACCCACUUCUAGAUCCUCUGUGCCAGCUCCCCUUACCCACUUCUAGAUCCUCUGUGCCAGCUCCCCUUACCCACUUCUAGAUCCUCUGUGCCAGCUCCCCUUACCCACUUCUAGAUCCUCUGUGCCAGCCCCCCUUACUCGGUUCUAGAUCCUCUGUGCCAGUCCCCCCUUACCCACUUCCAGGUCCUCUGUGCCCCAUACCCCCUCUCACCCCCCCAAAUAAAAAAAUCUAGACACAGAUGAAUGAAUACUUAUCUCCUUUCAAAGUCGAUGAAUUUCAGCUUAUCCUUAUUUCUCUUCCGUAACCUCUGUGCCAUUUAUUCCCCUAUAUGUUUGUGUGCCAGCUGUGUAAAUCUAGGCUCCAGAAUUUUUGUUUUAGUCUUUUUUUCUCUCUCUUCAAUUUCUGUGCUAUCUGUCCUUUCUCUGCCUGUGUGUGCUAGGGUCUCCUUAUAACCUUUCCAGAACAGUGUCAUUCUUCCCGUAAUUGUCAUUUGUUCAUUUAAAGUAAAUACUCCAUAUUUGCUAGGUCGCGGGCUAUGCUUUCCUAUGGUGAAAUCCUGUGUUUUUGGGAAUGAAGCUAAGGUCCCCGAGGAACACGUUUCCAGCACGCAGACUGAUGCCCAAAGCUCCACUACGCAACAGGCCUGCAAGCUUAUUUUCUGUGCUGCUGGGCUCCAGGUGAGCUUACCGAUAAUAUAUUAAUCUUUAUUACAGCAGUAAGAAUGACUUGUUACAGACCUUCAAUGCAUAUCUGAGCUCAACGCGUGUCCUUUCUGCUUCCUAGGUUUCUUAUCUGACCUGGGGUGUUUUGCAAGAACGAGUUAUGACCCGUACUUACAGUACAGAAGUUGGAAAAGUAGGUGAGCGUUUUCGAGACUCUCAGUUUCUGGUUUUCAUGAACCGAAUCUUGGCACUAACGGUGGCCGGAAUCUACUGUGCUGUCACCAAGCAGCCACGCCAUGGUGCCCCCAUGUAUAAAUACUCUUUUGCAUCUCUCUCCAACAUUCUCAGCAGCUGGUGUCAGUAUGAGGCUCUCAAAUUUAUCAGUUUUCCCACCCAGGUUUUGGCGAAAGCUUCCAAGGUGAUUCCAGUCAUGCUGAUGGGAAAGGUAGUCUUUCACAAGAGCUACGAGUACUGGGAGUACCUGACAGCAGUCCUCAUUUCUGUGGGUGUUAGCAUGUUCUUAUUGUCCAACGGGGGAAGUGAGCGGGCAACAAGUGUCACCACAUUCUCCGGCGUGGUCAUCCUGACCGGAUAUAUAGCCUUUGACAGCUUCACCUCUAACUGGCAAGACUCCCUCUUCGCGUACAAGAUGUCCUCUGUACAAAUGAUGUUUGGGGUGAACCUCUUCUCCUGUCUGUUUACAGUGUUCUCCCUGCUGGAACAGGGGGCCUUGCUGGAAGCCAUCCAUUUCAUGGUACGACACCCAGAUUUCGCAUUCCAUGCAUCGUUGCUUUCCAUCUGCUCAGCUUUUGGCCAACUCUUCAUUUUUUACACAAUCAGCAAGUUUGGAGCUGCAGUUUUCACCAUAAUCAUGACUCUGCGCCAGGCUCUGGCCAUUCUACUAUCCUGUCUACUCUAUGGCCAUCCCGUUACUGCAGUGGGUUCAGUGGGGGUGGCUGUUGUAUUCCUGGCACUUUUCCUGCGAGUUUACGCCCGAGGCAGAAUGAGAAGAAAGGGGAAGAAAGCCAUCGACACCCCAGUGGUGCAGAAAGUGUGA